CCGCCGCGGGCGCCUGCCCCCAGCAUGGCCUGGCGAGGCUGGCCUGCGUCGUGGCUGUGGGUCGCCAGCUGCGGGCUGCUGCUCCUAGUCUUCGUCCUGCUCUUGAGCCCCCGCAGCUGCCGAGCGCGGCGGACCCUCCGCGGCCUGUUCAUGGCGCGUAGCAAGCGGCUGCUCUUCCGAAUCGGGUACAGCCUGUACACCCGCACCUGGCUCGGGUACCUCUUCUACCGCCAGCAGCUGCGCAGGGCUCGGAAUCGCUACCCCAAAGGCCACUCCAGAGCCCAGCCCCGCCUCUUCAAUGGAGUGAAGGUGCUCCCCAUCCCUGUCCUCGCGGACAACUACAGCUACCUCAUCAUCGACACCCAGGCCCGGCUGGCUGUGGCUGUGGACCCUUCCGACCCUCAGGCUGUACAGGCUUCCAUUGAAAAGGAAGGUGUUAACUUGGUUGCCAUUCUCUGCACCCACAAACACUGGGACCACAGUGGAGGGAACCGCGACCUCAGUCGGCGGCACCAGGACUGUCGGGUAUAUGGGAGCCCUCAGGACAGCAUUCCCUACCUCACCCAUCCCCUGUGUCAUCAAGAUGUGGUUAGCGUGGGACGGCUUCAGAUCCGGGCUCUGGCCACCCCGGGCCACACACAAGGCCAUCUGGUCUACCUGCUGGACGGGGAGCCCUAUGAGGGUCCCUCCUGCCUCUUCUCAGGGGAUCUGCUCUUCCUCUCUGGCUGUGGACGGACCUUUGAGGGUACUGCAGAGACCAUGCUGAGCUCACUGGACACCGUGCUCGGGCUGGGGGAUGACACUCUUCUGUGGCCUGGCCACGAGUAUGCAGAGGAGAACCUGGGCUUUGCAGGCGUGGUGGAGCCCGAGAACCUAGCCCGGGAGAGGAAGAUGCAGUGGGUGCAGAGGCAGCGGAUGGAACGCAAGAGCACGUGCCCGUCCACCCUGGGGGAGGAGCGCUCCUAUAACCCGUUCCUAAGGACACACUGCCCGGUGCUGCAGGAGGCUCUGGGGCCAGGCCCUGGCCCCACAGGCGACGAUGGCUGCUCCCGGGCCCAGCUCCUGGAGAGGCUCCGCCAGCUGAAGGACCUGCAUAAGAGCAAGUGACCCCAUCCCAGCCCGGCCCAGUCCACCCGCCGCAGUGGGGAGACCACCCAUCAUCACCCACACCACGCCAUCCCUCUGUCUGCUACCACCCCGCCUCCAUCGGCUCAUCAGCGGGCACCACCCGGACACUGGUCAGGGGCAGAGGAGGGACAGGCGAGGAGACCCUGAGACCGAGAGGCCGGGUGACGGAAGGCUUGGGGACUCCACAGGGUGAGGCUGAGUCACUGAGGGCAGAGCUAACACUGGGAGUUAGCUCCCCCUGUUCCUGCCACAGCAGUGAGGACGCGGAGCCCUUGCUCUCACUGCAGCCUCUGAACUCAGGGCAGCAGGAGUCCCGAACAGGGUGAGUCCAUCUCCCCCUUCCUCCCAUCCACGGUGGGGAAAGAAACUCACUCCCCCAGACUGGCCUGAGGUCAGGUGCUUUGGAAAAGCAGUCACUCAGAGGGGCACCUGGGCUCUGGUUUUCUGAGCCUCUGCCCCUCCUCCCCCAGGCAUUUUUGCACAAGAGCAAGGCACCCACAAGAGCAAGGCCACCCCCGCCCCCACAAAGGCAUUUUUUUUAGACAGAGCCAUUUCUGAGAAAGAGGAAAGGGCUGCAAGCCUGGCUGUGGACAAUCUCUGCCUUGUGACUCCCCUGCAGCCUGGAAGCGGGAGAGUCCCGGUUGCCAAGGAAACCUGACCUCAGGCUAAGGAGACACCAGGAGGCUGGGACUGGAGGCCCACGGUCCUGUAGGUCACACAUGCUCACUGCACAGCUGGCCUGGUCCUGCCUGCUGGCCUCUGCCCCUGCCCUGGGCCAGCAGGGCCCCUUCUUCCUGGGGGACCAGAGAGCCAUUGUCCACCAGGUCCACUGUGGUUUUCUCAUUGUGGCCCUUAUUCUUAGACACUCCUGCUUCAUCCUCAACCCUUGCCCCUUUCAGUUAGUAAAGCCAUUCAUCUGGCCUUUUGCAGUUGGCCAAGGACAUCACCUUGUCAUUUCUUAUUUGGCCCUUGGCCCCAUCCUGGCAGGAGCCGGGAGGUCUACACAGUAGAGAGCAGAAAUCAGAAGUCCAGGAGUGGACAGCUCUCGAGUGAGUGGCAGCUUCUAGGACCCCUGGUCUGGGCCCUUCCCCUCUGCUCAGCCCUCCCUCAGCUCAGCUUCUCCUCUGGCCUUAGGUCCAGGUCCCUUUGGGGCCACAGUGAGGACAACAAUGGUCCUCAAGCAGGCAUACCUGGGGUCAGCCAGGAGCCUUCUCUUCCUGGGUGGAAGCCUUCCCUCAGGCUCUGCUCCCCACUGGGGAGCCCCCGAGAUGCCCCUGCCCUCAGUUCCCCUCAUCAGCCUGCCUCUGCCUCCCUCUCGGGCCACAGCCUCUGGUACCAGCUCUAGCAAUACCACCAGAAUAGUCAGAGUUCCCCGCCCUCCAGACCUGCAGUUCCUGCCUCUGUGCCUUCCCUCCUGCUGUUUCUUCAGAAUGGAAUGCCUUUCCCCUGCUCCUCCUGUAGAGUCUGCCUGGCAAACACCUAGUCAUCUCACCAAUCCCCCUCAAGGUCCCCCUCCUCCAGGAAGUCCCCCCUCCUCCUCCCAUGCCCCUCUCCCUCCAGGCUACCUCUGCUCUUUGUCAACGCUUCUCUUGUGGCACUUAUCACACUGUAUUUUACUUGUUUACACGUUUGUCUCCCCCUUCUCGACUGUGAACCCUUCAGGGCAUGGACUGUAUCUUAUGCAUCUCUGUAUUUUCGCGCCUAGCACGGUGCCUGGCACACAGUAGGCGCUCAAUAAAUGUUGAAUGAAUGAAUGAUUUAA